GGCCCAUAAUUACGACGAAAUCGAACAUCGAUGCUAGAGGCCGAGAAUUCGGUAUUGCCGAAAGAUGGUCGGACAAUAAUGUGUUCUCGCAUCGCGCAUAUUUCAUGUUGGAUAAAAAACCAGCGCUGUUGGGCAUCGAAAAUAUCAGAGAAGAGGACGCCGGAAUUUACAGAUGCCGCGUUGAUUUUCAAAUCGGCCAAACAAGGAACUCUAAAGUCAAUUUAACAGUAAUCGUGCCGCCGCACGUGAUCAAGAUCGUCGAUGAGAACGGGAACGAGAAGACCUCGACGGUUGGGCCGUAUUUGGAGGGCGACAAUCUACGACUCUCCUGCGACGUCCAUGGCGGUAAGCCGGCCCCGACAGUGUCCUGGUAUCGCAACGACAAAUUCGUCACCAACCGGAUUACGGUACUGCGCAACGAUGUGACACGCAGCGAGAUCGUUAUACAAAAUUUGAGCCGGGACGACGUCCACACGGUGCUGACUUGCAACGCCACGAAUAACAAUAGGUCGAUCCCGCUGUCGUCGUCGGUCCGCGUGGACAUGAAUUUCAACCCGCUGGAAGUGAAGAUAAUUGGUGCGAAUCAGCCGCUGUCGGCAAGUAAGAAGUAUGACUUGGUCUGCACAACUUCCGGCUCCAGGCCACCAGCCGGCAUCACCUGGUGGAGAAACGGUCAGCGUUUAGUGGAUUCCAAGGAGAAUACUUCCGCCGAUGGGAACACGACCACCAGCGUUUUAUCUUUCAUAGCGACGAAAGAAGACGCCGGUAGACACUUGUCGUGUCAAGCUGAAAAUCAAAUCAUGGGAACCGCGCCAAUAGAGGACGGCUGGAUACUCCAGAUACAAUACACGCCGGAGACGCAGAUUCAGCUCGGCACAUCACUAAAUCCUAACGCAAUACGCGAAGGCACGGACGUAUACUUCGAUUGCCUUAUACAGGCCGAACCGUCAGUUUAUAAGGUGGAAUGGCGGCAUCAGAGCAAGGCACUCCAUCACAACAUCACGCAGGGUAUUAUAAUCAGUAACCAGAGCCUGGUGCUGCAGGGGGUCGAUCGCAAAAGCGCGGGCAAUUACACGUGCGUGGGAUAUAAUACCGAGGGCGACGGCGAAAGCUCACCCUUUUAUCUCAACGUGAUGUUCGCUCCUACAUGCAAGCCAAAUCAGACUAAGGUCCAUGGCGUGGCAAAACAGGAGAAGGCGAAUAUAUCUUGUCAAGUGGAUGCAAAUCCACCGGAAGUGCAAUUCAAAUGGACCUUCAACAACUCUGCCGAGAGUAUCGAUGUUGCGGCCGGUCACAUCGCACGGGCCGGUACAUCCUCCAUCGUCUCAUACACACCAAUGACAGAAUUAGAUUAUGGCACACUGCUUUGCUGGGCUAGCAAUCAUAUCGGCCAACAACAAGUGCCCUGCGUCUAUCACAUUAUACCAGCUGGUCGGCCGGAUAUGGUCCACAAUUGCACGACCUCGAAUACAUCGACCAAUUCAUUUUCCGUGCGAUGCGCGGAGGGCUUCAACGGCGGUCUGCCACAAUCCUUCCUGCUAGAGGUGCGCGAAAGCAAUAGCCAGGAGUUGCGUGCCAAUCUGACGUCGCCGGUGCCGCGUUUCAGCGUCACUCACCUGGAGUCGGGUGCCCUUUACCAAGCUUGCAUUUAUGCUUAUAAUGACAAGGGCCGUAGCGAGGCGAUGGUGGUGCAGGCCGGCACUCUGAGGCUACCGGAGAAACAAUUGACAUCUGAAUCAGAACGACCAAAACAAAAUAUCCGGCUAACACCGAUGUUGAGCGUGAUGAUCGGCGUGGUGACGGCCCUCAUUAUCGUUGCGGUCAUAGUGAUGAUCGUCUUACGGGUCCAACAUACGCACGUGGAAGAGCAGAACAAAUCGCAGAUGGAGGAUCACGCGAAGCAGACGAAAGCCGUCCCUAUACAAAGGGAGCUACGAUUUCGAGAGGGAUGCAGUCUGCUCACGGAUGAGAAACAUCCCAGUAGCCCGUUCAGAAAGCUCGACACCAGCGGUGACCUCAGCGAAAGCGAUGAAAAGAAUCCGGAUAUCAUUCCGCAACAAAUCACUGGCGAUGAGCCAUCAGAAUAUUUGAGAAAGAGACGUUUGGUAUCAACGAUUGAGACAUCACCGUCGAGGAGUCUUUUGGAACACUCGACGGUGACUUCCAUCAGCGGCCACAGCAGUUACGUCGGUUACUGCACGAUCCGCAAUGGCAUGCCGCUGCACGAGUUCUCCAACUUGUCGACGAAGCACAAAAGCUUCCAGCCACUAGUGGGUGACGUCUAUGAAAGUGGUGUGUGCACCCUACCGAGGCAACACUGGCCCAGCCAAAGUGUGCAAUCGAUGACAAUGAGUCCUCCGAUGCUAUACGCUGGUCUGGGUGUCGUCACCAGGAACUGUCCGAGUAGCAGUGUUCUCGUAACGAAGGAUUGCGAGACGCGAAUGCCCGGCCAAUGCUGUUUAACAGUCCAGUCGCAGAAGGAUGCGACGAUAGGUACGCCGGUAGUAAUGGCCAAGAGGGAGAGCUCCGUGUGACCCUACACCCACCACGGGGCCUGCACUUGCAGCGUGAGCGAACUGCUGUGAAUCACGCCGUUUGUCAAUCAUGAGAUAGUGUCAGUCUCGAACAACAUAAGAACAUCUAAAAGAUAUUUGUAGAAUAUCUUUAGAAUGUCUUUACGCUAAGAUUGAAAUAUCUUUUAAAAGGCUGAAUAAUUAUUCUUAGGCUUUUAAUGAACAUUUGAGACGCGCGUCUAUUAUUAUCUAGAUCCGAAAAUUAAAUCCGAAAAGAAAUCUUUUGGAAGAUUCGUAAGAAAUUUAAACUGAUACAUUUCUCAAAUGUCUGUGUUGUUCGGGACACUUCGGGCAUGCGAACCGGUUCGGGUUCGACGGGUUUAUGUUUCCAUUCUAACAAAACGUCACGAAUUUGCGCCUCUCUGUUGAAUCAAGUGCCCUUUUUAUACUGAAGAACGACGAACCGAUUGCUCUGCCGGCAUUUCUCACUUCGUGCGUAGCUUCAUGACUGUGCCCCGGUGGAAUCUCGACGAGCUUCUGCAAUGUGGUAGAGUGAGUUUACGAUGUGUGCAUGUGCAAGCGAAAGAAAAAAGUUCGCCGUGCACACUCCUGUAUAUAUCUCGAGACGCGGAAGAUAUUUUGUACGAGUCGCGUAUAUUACGGUUUAUUCCCACUUUUACUAUGAACACAACACUGUACAAUUUGUCUAGUCGAUGUAAGUAUAAAUAUGUAUAUGCGUUAAGUGGUCGUGGAGGCGUCAGAUCAGAAUAACGUACACUGAGAGAGAUGAUCAGCGUAUGUCGUCGCGCGUGCGGCGAUUAUUAUUUAUAAUGAUGUUAUAAUGAUGUUGAAUGCGGAAACAGAAGGAGAAUCGCGAAGAAUUGUAUCAGAGACAUAUCGUUUGUAUCGGUCGAAACGUACAAAAAUCAGAGACGGAGCAGUCAAACAAAACAAAGGAAGAGGGAAAAGGAAUAUAUAAAUAUUCCCAUCGCGUUUCUGUCUCUCAGUUUGCAGUAUUCUGAAUUAUCGUAAAAUCAAGUAUCUCUUGUACAAUGUAUAAAGUAACGACUUCCUUCGAAGUAAAUGUACUGAGUAUGA